AUGGCAGAGUCCAGCAAGCGUGUGACGAGCGGGGAUGACCGAAGUUUGGAGGCACUUUGGGCUGCACAUGCUGGUGUCGAAAAACGGAUCGACGAAAUCGCGGCUGCAGUGGACCAACUCACGGCGGCCUUACGCCGGGAGCCACCAGUGAACCGCACAGGUGAGUUCAAUCUCCGGACAGGAAGACCAGCACCAUUCACCGGUACGCCUGUGGACGGAAUCGGCGGAAUCGGCGGAUUUCGUAACAGGGGGCGUAGACGAGCUCCAUUAUUGCCGGAGUUAUCUGAUUCGGAGGACGAGCAUGAAAGCUACCAUCCAGAAGGGUUGUCGGAUUCUGACGCUGAUUUGGGUGAUCGUCGCCAGCGACGUCAUUGGGGCCGUGACCGACACCAGGGAGAGUUCCGAGUGAAGCUUGACAUCCCUUUCUUUGAUGGCAGAUUACAUAUAGAGGAUUACUUAGACUGGGAACGAUCUGUAGAGAACUUCUUUGAUUACAUGGAAAUUCAACCUGAUAAGCAGGUCAAAUAUGUUGCUUGCCGACUUAAGGGAGGGGCGAGCGCGUGGUGGUCGCAGCUAUUACAAUCACGACGGAGGGAAGGACGCGGACCAGUUCGCAGUUGGAUGCGGAUGAAGCAAUUACUUCGAGGACAUUUUCUCCCCACUGAUUAUGAGCAAAUGUUGUAUUUAAAGUAUCAACAUUGUGUGCAAGGGAAUCGUUCCGUCAGCGAGUACACGGAGGAGUUCUAUCGGUUAUCAGCGCGGAAUGAUUUGAAUGAGACGAACAAUCAGCUUGUAGCCCGUUACAUUGGGGGUUUAAAAGACCACAUUCAUGAUAAGUUGGAGUUAAACUCUGUCUGGUCACUAUCUCAAGCAGUAAAUUUCGCACUUAAAGCAGAGCUUCAAUUGGCACGACAUUCUCGAAGUAGCGCGUACCGUGGGCCAGCUGUUGAGGGAGGAACUGAGGUUCUCAAACAGUCUGGAACUGCUACCCAGCCUGCAACCGCUUACCGCAAGCACACUCCAAUGGUUGAUCAUAGCGCCUUUGGCGUUCCACCCAAGCCAGGUUCGGAAGCAAAGCUGCCUGUGAAAUCAAAAUUCCCUGUGACUGAGAAUCCUUAUCCUCGGCCGCAAGGGAUCAAGUGCUUCCGGUGUUUCCAACAGGGUCAUAAAUCCAACGAAUGUCCUAAUAGACAGCAGUUGCAACUGUUGGAUGGAGAAGGAGAAAUCAGCCCCGAGCAGUUAGAGAAAGAUGAGGCCACUGAUGUGGAGGACGUUGUGGGAGAUGAAGGUGAACCUGUCAUAUGCAUUUUGGAGAAACUGUUACUAGCCCCAAAGAAACAAGGCAACUCUCAACGGCAUUCAAUUUUCAGGACAAAAUGUACCAUCGGAGGAAAGGUUUGUGAUUUACUUAUCGACAGCGGGUGCACCGAGAAUGUGGUUUCCCAUGCCCUGGUGCAGGCCCUACAGUUAAAGACCACUAAAAAUCCGCAACCAUACAAGAUAAGCUGGGUAAAGAAGGGCAUGGAGAUCAUGGUAACUGAUAUGUGCCGGAUUCAAUUUUCAAUUGGAAAACACUACAAUUGCGAAGUAUUAUGUGAUGUGGUAGAGAUGGAUGUGAGCCAUAUAAUUUUAGGCCGACCAUGGCAAUUUGAUGUUGGUGCGGUCCAUGACGGGAGGGCAAACACAUACUCAUUAGAUUGGAAAGGGCGCAAGCUACGGCUACUACCGCAGGCAACAGACCAAGGAGCUAUGGGAAAUCGACCUGCUCUGCAUUUUGUUACAGGGAAUGGCCUACUUUCCUCCUGGAAGGACAAUGCCAUGCUGUUUGCAUUGGUCUUCAAAGAAAAAGCUCCGCUUAGAGCUCAUCCUGAUACAACACCUGAAGUGGCGGGGGUACUGGAACAAUUUCAGGAUGUCUUGGUCGAACCUGUAUCGGGCUCUCUGCCACCUCUCCAGGCUUUACAACAUCAGAUAGACUUUGUGCCAGGAUCGACUCUUCCAAACCUGCCGCACCAUCGACUCAGUCCUAAAGAACACCAAAUUCUGCAACAGCUAGUCGAUGAGCUUCUAGAGAAGAAUCUGAUUCAGCCAAGCCUUAGUCCUUGUGCUGUGCUAGCACUUCUAGUCCCCAAGAAAGAUGGUACGUGGCAGAUGUGCAUGGACAGCCGUGCAAUCAACAAAAUCACAAUCAAAUUCCAGUUCCCUGUCCCCAGAAUUGAAGAGCUGCUAGAGCGACUAUCGGGAGCUACGGUGUUCUCAAAGCUUGAUCUCCGAAGUGGUUAUCAUCAAAUCCGGAUUCGGCCCGGCAACGAGUGGAAGACGACUUUCAAAACGCGGCAAGGGUUGUUCGAAUGGAAGGUCAUGUCAUUUGGGUUGUGCAACGCUCCGUCGACCUUCAUGCGCUUGAUGACCGAGGUUCUUAAGCCAUUUCUCAACAAAUCUUGCGUUGCUUACUUUGAUGAUAUACUAGUUUAUAGUAUGUCAUUGGCUGAACACAUCACUCAUUUGGCGGACAUUCUCCCGACUCUCAGACAAAAUCAACUCUACCUAAAUCCAAGUAAGUGUGAAUUUGCCGCGUCAUCCGUCUACUUUCUCGGUUUUGUGCUAUCCGCUGCAGGUUUACAAGUAGAUCAGCGGAAAGUGGACGCCAUCACUAGCUGGCCAACUCCAUCCUCAUUUGCGGAUGUACGUAGCUUCCACGGGCUCGCCAAUUUUUAUCGCCGAUUUAUCAAAGAUUUUAGUACCAUGAUGGCGCCAAUUACAAAUUGUUUGAAGCUGAAGCAAUUUCAGUGGGGAGGGGAGCAAGAAGCCAGCUUUCAAGCCAUAAAAUGUGCACUAUCCACGACACCUGUACUAGCCUUGCCUAAUUUUGAGAAACCGUUUCUGGUCGAUACUGACACGUCCGCCAUUGGCAUUGGAGCAGUUCUAAGUCAAGAUAACAAACCGGUUGAAUUCUUCAGCGAAACGUUAUGUGAAUCCCGACAGAAAUGGAGUGUCUAUGAGCAAGAGCUGUAUGCGGUUGUGCGAGCGCUCAAGAUGUGGGAGCCAUAUCUCUUGCAUCAGGAAUUUGUAUUAUGCAGUGAUCACCGGGCGUUGCAGUACAUUAACAGCCAGAAACACAUUAAUUGGAUGCAUGCUAGAUGGAUCUUAUUCCUACGACGAUUCACCUUUGUCCUGAAACACAAAUUAGGAGUUCAAAACAAAGUAGCCGAUGCACUCAGCCGGCGGCAUAAUCUACUGACUGAACUGCGGACAGAAAUCACCGGACUUGAAUGCUUGAAGGAGCUGUAUACUUCAAAUGAAGAUUUUGCAAAAACUUGGAAGGAAUGUUUAUCCAGCAACCCACCUCGGGAGUUCUCCAUAAGGCAUGGUUUCCUAUUCCGGCAUAAUCAGUUAUGUAUACCUGACUCCUCUUGGCGACCUCAACUCAUCAAGGAAAUCCACUGUGGGGGAUUAGCAGCCCAUGUGGGUAGAAGCAAUACAUAUGCACAACUGCAGUCCAGGUUUUAUUAG